UCUGACUGAGGAUCUUGCAGAGAUAUAUCUAUCCACUUCUUUCUUUCAGUUCUAAAUAGUCUUGAAAUUGUAGAGAGAGAUAUAUAUGGAGGUGCUUCAAUUGAUAUCUUCAGAUCAAAUCCACCAACACGAUCUCAACUUCCGUGAAAAGGAAGCCAUACACCUAAACGGGGGUGAAGAAAUUCUAUGUUGUGCCUGCUCGAAAUCGCUGCUGGAUACUAGCUUCUACUGCUGUGGUGAGUGUUUUUUCUUUCUUCAUGAGACUUGUGCAAAGUUACCCCCUAUGAUUAAACACCCCUCACAUCGUAAACACCCUCUGAUUCUUCAUCCGAAGUCACCAUACAAAACUAAUCAAGGCUACUGUGAUAUGUGUGGGCUACAUAUUCUCAACUUCUCUUACCAUUGCUCUGAUUGCAAAUUUGACCUUGAUAUCGAUUGUGCUAUGCUUCCGCGGUGCUUCAUUCAACCAGAAAGUCACAAGCAUCAUUUCACUAAGUGGUGUAGGUCUGAUCCAUUUACAUGUGAUUUCUGUGGCACAUAUAGUGAUCGGUCUGGAUUCCCAUCGGAAAAUUUGCUCCCUUGGAACUGCACUAAUUGCCAUGUUGUAGUUCAUAGUAAAUGUAUGUCAUUGCCAUUCACAAUCCAUGUACCACAACAUGAUCACCCCCUCAUCCACAAUUAUUUCAUUCCUGAAAGUCAAUCUAUUGCUUUAAUCUGUGGAAUUUGUGAUAGGGAAGUGAAGAGAGAAUUUGGAUGUUAUUCUUGCCAAAAUUGUUCUUGUCUUGUCCAUGCCAACUGUGCAAUGGACAAUGUAUCAAAAGUGGGACAAAAGUUCUGGGCAGAAGAAAUUGAGACAAUAGAGGAUCAUUUACUUGAACAAGAGAUUGAGCAUUUUAGUCAUCCUCGUCAUAAAUUACUUUUGGUGGCGCAUCAUGAGGAUGAUCAUGAGAUCAAGACAAAAUGUGAUGGUUGCAUGAGUCUCAUCUCUUGUCCCUUUUACAAGUGUCUAGAAUGUGAUUUUUCUCUCCACGUCACAUGUUCCAAAUUGCCUAAACAAAUCAGUCACCCACUUCACGAACAACACCCCCUAACCCUUGUCCGAAGUAAUGAGAAUUUGGUUUUCCAGUGUUGGGCUUGUUGGAAUUGGUUUCAUGGCUUCGCCUAUCAUUGCCGAACUUGCAUGAAAUCUUUCACAAUCGAUGUCCGAUGUGCUUUAGUCAAUCCUUUUGAAUUCUACCAUGACAGUCAUAAGCACCCUCUUAGUGUGUUUACCCAAGGCAAUAACCAUUCACAAUGUACUUCUUGCAGCAAGGAUCACCUCAUGUAUAAGCUCCUCCGAUGCAAAGAACAAUGUCCUUUUGCAUUGGAUUAUGGAUGCGCCACACUACCACGUACUGUCAAGUAUGAGUACGAUGACCAUUCUCUUGUCCUCUCAUACCAUGGAGAUGGUAAUUCUAAUCUCCAUGAUGAUUCAAAUGGGUAUCCUUAUUGUGAUAUUUGUGAAAAAUAUAGAGAUCCUAAUAUUUGGUUUUACGGUUGUCCUAAUUAUUCUGAGUGUCCGAUUUAUCUUCAUCCCGAAUGUGCUCAUGGUGACUACCCCUACGUCAAGCUAGGAAGCAGUAUGAAGGGUACCUAUUUGCACGAACACAAGGCUCUUUUUCAUCCUAAGUAACUACGAAGAAUGCCACUUGUGCAGCAAGAAGUAUCGAACAUUGUCCCUUGAAUGUCACAAGGCAGACUGCAAUUUUAAGGUUCAUUACAACUGUGCCAUCCGGAAAAGAAAUAAUACUUUAAGACAACGUGGCCUGUCGUGGAGGAAUUGGUAACGGUCAUCAAAGUCUUGAGUAAGAAGCAUAAUACAUAUGUAAACCCUGUUCUGUGCUGUAAGUAAUAAUACUACCACUAUAAUGCUCGAGAGGAUACUUGAAAGCACUGUGGAUCCUAAACUUGAUGUUAUUUAUAGACUAAAAUCUGUUGUUUCUUAUAAAUAAUAACAAUGGGUCUGUCAGUUUUAUUCUUUUUUUUUA